AUGAACGUGACAGCAACCACAAUCGAAGUCUUCGCCCAGCAAUUGAAAAGCCGAACAACUGUGGUUCAAAUGGUAGAAUCCUUUUUCCUGUUAAUGAUCAACCUUGUCUCCUUCGUUGGAAAUCUAUUGCUUGGAAUCGCGGUCAUCAAAAACCCGAAUCUUCGAAGAACUAUUCCCAACAUGUACAUUAUAUCUUUGGCUGUUUCCGACUUCUUAAUGUCAUUGUUGGGAAUUCCGUUUUCAGUAGCUUCUCUCAUCACAGGAAAAUGGCCGUUCAAUAAUUUCACUUGCCAGUUUCAAGGAUUCUGGAUCCUUUUCAUGUGCGCUGUGUCUUUGCAGACUCUAGCCGUCACCGCUGUGAACAGAUAUUUCCGAGUUGUUCGUUCCCGCGGGUUGUAUCAGAAAAUUUUCAAUAUGAAGACAACAAAAAUAACAAUUGCAAUUCUGUGGAUCGUGGCUCUCUUUGCGCCUCUUCCGUAUGUUGUUGCUGGCCACGAGUUUUUCUUUCACGCAGGAAAAGUAUUUUGCGCUCAUAACGCGGAAUCGUUGUAUGAAGGCUACGGAGCUUAUUUGGUUCUCGUUUAUAUAGCCAUUCCUUUAAUCAUCAUUUUAACUUGUUAUACAAGAGUUUUCAUCGCAGUGCGAAAACACAACUUAAACUUUCGCCCCCGAAUUCGCUUUAAUGGCAAGAGCGGAAGGAACUCCUCGAACAACAGCUGCCUUUCGGUUGAAGAAGUAAACGUCACAUAUAUUCUGCUGGUUGUUGUCAUAGGUUUUCUAUCCUGCUGGACACCUGUUUUAGUCAUUGAUAUGAUCGAUUUUGUAAACGGAGAUUGGAAGCUAAAGCGACCAGUCUAUGUGAGCUACACCUGUCUUGGCUUUGCCAGCACUUCACUCAACCCCAUCAUAUACGGAGUCAUGAAUCGAACCUUUCGUUCGGAAUACUUGAAGAUUUUUGCGGUUUUUAAAAGUUGGAAUUUUAGUACAACGUCAACAAAUUCGGACUAUGGAAAUGGGCCAGUGCGAGCAGAUGAUGGUCCUAAAAAUAACAACACAACUCAGCUUUAGAGAAAGACGGCCUUUACUUAUUCUAAUCAGGUCGAGCGUGAGAAUCGAAAAGUAUAUCAGAACUUCCUGUAUUAUCAUCUAUUAAUAACUCCAGUCUAGUCUGAGGAAAAAUAAGCAAACCGAAGGGCAAUAUAGUAGACUAAUAUUAUUCUUGAGCGCAAUAUUCACAGCGGUGCAGGAAGUUCCUUUUCGAAAGAAGUAUAUGCACUGCUUCAUCCUGUUGAAACGGCUGGCUGGUACUUCCCAAAAAGAGUCUCUCAUUUUUGGUUGGUUUGAAGGGUUUGAUAAGCCCCCUCCAUCCCCCUCCUCACUAGUGAACUUACACAUUAUAUUAGGACAGUAAAGGAAAGAAAACGGAAAACCUUGUGUGACACUCUGACAAAAAUUCAGUGUUUGAAAAACAUUCCCUAAACUUUACCUUCCUUCAAACAGAUCUUUUUUUCCAAAGACCAGAACACGGUAAUGUUAAGUAAUUAUAUCACGACAAAACACGCAAGUAAUAGCCCUGUCGCGUUUGUCACACCCAAAGUUGCCGUUCUCUUCUUUCUGCCGUCAUUGGGGUAAGCUUACUUAGUAAAUCCAACGGCCCUGCUCCCUAUACCGUAACGGAUGGUACCACGAUCUGGGCAAUCUAUCGUGUACCAAACGCCAGUAGCACUGACAAGCCAUGAUUAACCGUUAUUCCUCUACCGCGGAGGAGCUGUCUAUCGUUGAAAUCAUUACCAAUUUAAGUUGGGAGCCUUUGACCAAGCGUAGAGAAGCCCACGUCGUUUUCCUUGUUAAAAAAACUAUGCAUCAAAAACGGUAUGCCUAGUUAUCUCCAGAAUUACUUUGCACUACGCAACUUAAAUUUUCGGGCUACAACACAACGGCCUCGCACCGAAUUAUUUGUCCUCGAAAUUAAUUCAGCGGAGUGAUGUGAUUACUUCUUACAAUUUGCGCGAUUCUGAUAAUAAGCUUGCAAUACCAUUGCCACGUACUAACCAUUGCAAAAAUAGCUUUGCCUUUAGUGGUGCAGUCCUCUGGAAGAGUCUACCCUCAACUGUUAGGCAAGCAACAUCUCUGACUAAUUUCCGACGAUUCUUAAUUAAUUCCGACACGGCAUUCAUGUAAAGCAGGUUUUAAUUUAGUUUACUUUUCUUUAAUAGUUAGCAAUAUUUCAAAUUAUAGAAGAUUAACCUGUAUACAUCGUUUCGUAUUAAGUUGUAGCUUUAUAUUAAAUUGUUAAUGCAUGAUGUAUUUACCGUGUUUUUAAAUAAAGAUGAUGAUGAUGAUGAUAAUGAGGAGGAGGUAUAAAAUAAUAUUGUUCUGGAAAAAGUGAAUCUUAAGUGUACAUAGCAAUCUUUCUUUUGCAAAGGAGCUCGGUUUUUAAUAUUAACUAAUCUUGGUCAUGAUGUAGCAAUUUCAGCAUUUUUCUUUUAACUUUUUUGAAAGCAUUAUUGUUAGUCUUUUUAUCCUUUGAACAGCAGGACAUCUACAUCGAUGACAAUUUUUUCUAAAACAGACACAGUUAUCCUGUAUAAGUAUGCUCUUCUUAUCAUUGUUGUAAGAAUACUAAAAUAAUUUUAAUUAUAAUAAAUCAGAUUUUAUUAAAAAAUAAUUAAAAUAAUUUAUAUGGAAUCAUUCUCUAACGAGCCUCGCCCACGGGCCUCUCAUGCUGCUUAAGUUAUUUGUGGGAGGAGGGGGGAGGGGGAGGGGGAAGGGGGUGGGAACGAUACCCAGGGAUACAAUAGCACACAACACAUGCAGUUUUUACGUUAUGGCCCUUUUUAAUUAAUUUCUAUCCGAGUCUAAAUUUUGAAAUGAACGUUCAUCGCAAUCAUCAGACCAGUGGUGAUACUAUUGAAGGGAAGACAAAAUAAUAUCAUUCAAGAAAGUAACUUAUUUCUCCAGGAUAAAUUCAGUAAUUUUUAAUAAAAUAAAUAUCAUUGUUAAUAUGUUUACGUUGGUAGGAAGAAUUACUGGUACAGUGUGACGUAGUCUGUCUCGAACUCCGUCACGAUUUUGAAGAAAUUAACUUUUAUAUUAACCAUUGAUGUCCACUUUUUAAAAAAUACAUAAGGAAGUCGAUCUGUCCUUUCUUACUAUAGUUGAAGACAAAUUCUGUAAUUGACAAGCAGUAAAAAAGAGAUUAAAAUGAAAUGACGCCGGAAAUCGAGUCAGAAAGUAAAUAUGACGGUUGAUUUUACUGAAAACUGAAAGUAUUCGCUAAAAACCUAAGUGAACCUCGCAGCUGCAUCCCGCAAGACAAUAGCUUACGUUUUCACCAGCAGCCGGAUUCUGUGAUUUUAUUUCCCUGUGGUAUCAUUAUGCCUAUGGGCGAUGGGCCCAAUCAAUGAGUAAUGGUGAUUUAUGCUCGGGCUGAAAGCUGGUUUUUAUUUUAGUCUGUCAGUAUCUUCAUCAUCAUCAUCUUCAUCGUCAUUUGAGUCCCUGAGAUCAGCUGAGAAACAACGGCUCAAAUUUGCCCAAAGUGAAUUUUGUCAGAUAUUUAAGGUACGCCUUUAGUUUGCAGUUUCCUGUGCUAGAAAGGACGAAAAAGGUAUUGGGGAAGAAUUGAAACGGAUGAGAAAGUGCCAAUUACUCAAACUACUGACAAAAUCUUCAAAAUACCCCUCUUCAGAGUGAUUGCUAAUGGUAUAGAUACGCGUCUAAAUUGAUAGUUAUUAACUGAUAAAAUUGUCCCACAGAAACUUAAACAUCCUGUUGCCUAAAAAUUAAAAUCAAAAUGCAAACAUCAUCGGAUGUCAUUCUUAAUAUAUACAUUUUUUGUAUGUAAUAAAGGACCUUGCCUUUGUUUUUCAGCAGAACAUCAACCUGAGGUAGAAAGUCUAGCCGUGAAUCGUGGCUAAGGUCAUUUGCGGAGCAGGGCAAUUGAUCGGGAAUAAUUACAAAAUUCCAAGUUUUUCCAAAGACUCGCCUCGGUAGUGUAAAUUGAAAGUUAUGUCCGGGGUAUGUCAAAUUCAGACUUCAAAUUAUAGUGGCUCUAUGUUAAGUCAAACUUUGACAUCGAUUGAAAACUUUGCAUGGGAGCUUAAAUACCGCUCCAACGCUACUCGAGCAAUUGAAUCUGGGUUUUUGUUUUUGAUCAACUUCGUCUCAUUUGCUGGAAAUCUUUUGCAUGGAAUCGCGGUCAUCAAAAACCCGAAUCUUCGAAGAACUGUUCCUAACAUGUACAUUAUAACUUUGGCUGUUUCCGACUUCCUAUUUUCAUUAAUGGGAACUCCCUUUUCAGUAGCUUCUCUUAUGACAGGAAAAUGGCCGUUUAACAACUUUAUUUGUCAGCUACAAGGACUCUGGAUUCUUCUGUUGUGCGCCGUGUCUUUGCAGACUUUAGCCGUCACCGCUUUGAACAGAUAUUUCCGAGUUGUUCGUUCCCGCGUGUUGUAUCAAAAAAUUUUCAACAUGAAGACAACAAAGGUGACAAUCGCAAUUCUGUGGAUCAUAGCUCUCUUUGCGCCUCUUCCGUAUGUUGUUGCAGGGCACGACUUUUUCUUCCACUCUGGAAAAGCCUUUUGCACAUAUGAUGCGGAAUCGUUGCAUGAAGGCUACGGAGUUUACUUGGUUCUCGUUUAUAUAGCUAUUCCCUUAAUCAUCAUUACAAUCUGUUAUACAAGAGUUUUCAUCGCGGUCCGCCGACAUAAUCUUGUAGUUUUUCGGCAAAGAAUUCGUCCUUUAAACCGACAAUUAAACUUUGGUCCCGAAAAUCCGAGAUUGUCUGUCGAGGAGGUUAAAGUGACGAACAUCCUGCUAGUUGUGGUGGUAGCUUUUUUAAGCUGCUGGACUCCCGUCUUAGUCAUUGAUUUGGUCGAUUUUAUAACCGGAGAUUGGAAGCUCAAGCGACCAGUCUAUGUAAGCUACACCUGUUUUGGCUUCGCUAGUACAGCUCUCAAUCCCAUCAUAUACGGAAUCAUGAAUCGCACGUUUCGUACGGAAUAUUUGAAGAUUUUUUCCUCCUUAAAGAGGUUCGUUCUCGGGUCAAACACAAAUGUUCGGAUUGCUCCUGCAGUGAUCGUGAUUGCUUGA